GAAAUGUUAGCGCGCGCGCGUGCAGUGCAGUGCUCGUGCAUGUUACGUAGGUCUACGUAUAGGCGAGACGUUGGUGAAUGAAUGAACGUAUCGGAUCUGCAGCGUACUACUACGGUACCCCAUCGCUGCCCGGCGCACUGGCUGUAUACCGCCGCUGAAGCUGACCGACCUCCUGGCCUGUAGCUGCCGCUGCAAGACAGAUUAACGUUCAAGCUCUUGUUGAAUCUAGAUUAGCUCUUCCUCUUCCUGACGAGAGAUCCAGUUCUUGAGUGAGUUGAACUGAGGAGUCUCUAGAAUAGUAUUAGGCCAGCAGCUACCAGUCGGACUCGGAGCCGCUAGCUGAGCUGAGUGUUUUUCUGACUUCUGUGAGUUUUCAUCAAGCAGUCUUUCCUUCAGUCCAAGAUGGCGUCUGGUGAAGAGGAUCUGAAGAACUUAGCCAGCUGUCUCCAACAGACCCUGUCUACAAUCAUCAAGGAGAGAAAAGAAGCUGAGCAGUUUCUGGAGUCAGUUGAGGGGAGUCCAAACUAUGCUAUCAUGCUACUGCUGCUGAUAGAAUUGGACACUGUGGAUGACACCAUUCGCCAGUCAUCAGCCAUCACAUUCAAAAAUUUUGUCAAACGCAACUGGAGAGUGGUCGAAGAUGAACCUAACAAGAUCUCGGAUGAAGAUCGCUUGAAAAUCAAGAAAAAAAUUGUUGGGUUGAUGCUGAGUGUUCCUCUCAAGCUACAAAGACAGCUGAGCGAUGCUAUCAGUAUGAUAGGUAAGGAGGACUUCCCGGACAAAUGGGACACCCUUCUCGGUGAACUCACCUCUCAGUUUCAGAGCGGUAACUUUCACGUCAUCAACGGUGUCCUCCGAACUGCACACUCUCUUUUCAAAAGGUACCGCUAUGAAUUCAAAUCAAAUGCUCUUUGGAAGGAGAUCAAAUUUGUCCUUGAUAACUUUGCUCAGCCGCUUACACAACUUUUCUAUGUUACGAUGUCGUUGAUCGUAGAGCACAAGGACAACAAGGAAUCAAUGGUCAUCCUCUACGACUCGCUCACUCUCAUCUCAAAGAUCUUCUACAGUUUGAAUUAUCAGGAUCUGCCAGAGUUCUUUGAGGACAACAUGAAGGUUUGGAUGCCUCAUUUUCACACUCUCCUGACCGGAGACAACGCGCUGCUUCAUUCAAAGAACGAAGAUGAAGCCGGACCGCUUGAGAUGCUGAAAUCCCAAAUCUGUGACAAUGUUGCCCUCUAUGCCCAGAAAUACGACGAAGAGUUCCAGGAGUACCUGCCAAACUUUGUGCAUGCCAUCUGGAAUCUCCUUGUGACCACGGGGUCACAGGUAAAAUAUGAUCUGCUCAUCAGCAACGCCAUCCAGUUCUUAGCAUCAGUAGCAGACAGAGACCAUUAUAAACAUCUCUUUGAGGCUCCAGAUACACUGAAAGAAAUCUGUGAGAAAGUCAUCGUACCCAAUAUGGAAUUUAGAGAAACCGAUGAGGAUCUGUUCGAGGUCAACCCAGAGGAAUAUAUCAGACGAGAUAUCGAAGGUUCAGACAUGGAUACAAGACGUAGGUCUGCUUGUGAUUUGGUCAAAGCACUCACCAAAUUCUUUGAGGCUCCCGUCAUCGAAAUCUUCUCAAAAUACGUACAGCUCAUGCUUGAGGGGUACAGGAGCAAUCCAGAGAAGAACUGGAAGCAGAAGGACGCAGCUACGUAUCUGGUCACAUCUAUAGCAUCCAAGUCCAAAACAGAGAGGCAUGGCACGGUGCAAGUGAGUGAACUCGUCAAUAUCCAAACUUUCUACACGGAUAAUAUCCUUCCUGAUCUCGGGGCAGCAGAAGUGGACAAGCUGCCGGUGCUAAAAGCCGAUGCACUGAAGUAUGUGAUGACCUUCAGGAAUAUCCUUCCGCCGGAGACGUUAAUAGGGUCCCUUCCGUUCCUAGUCCAGCUCCUGAAGGCGGAGAGUCAAGUGGUCCACACCUAUGCAGCCAACACCUUGGACAAACUCCUCUUGGUUCGCAAGGAAGGCAACGAGAGGAUGGUCAAAUCAGAGCACCUCAAACCUCUCAUGGAAGUCCUGCUCACAAACCUUUUCAAUGCGCUCUCAAUGCAAGGAUCAGAAGAGAAUGAAUACAUCAUGAAAGCUAUCAUGAGAUGUCUGUCCGUCCUCCAGCAGGCCGCCGUUCCCUAUCUUCCCAUCCUACUUGAAAAACUCAGAGAAAAACUUGUUCUUGUCAGCAAGAACCCGUCGAAGCCCCACUUCAACCAUUAUUUAUUUGAGUCUCUGAGUUUAACCAUCAAGGUUGGAUGCAAGGCUAACCAAGCAAACAUUGCCCUCAGUGAAACCACCCUCUUCCCUCUGUUCCAAGAGAUGCUAGUAGCAGAUGUACAAGAAUUCAUCCCCUACAUCUUCCAACUCAUGUCGAUGAUGCUGGAGCUCCGACAGGACUGUCCUGGACCCUACAUGGAGCUGUUCCCGUACCUCCUGGUGCCGGUCCUGUGGGAGAGGCAGGGCAACAUCCCUCCCCUGGUGCGGCUCCUGCAGGCCAUCAUCGAGAAGGGCGCGGCCAGCAUCGUGGCUAGCGACAAACUGAUGGGACUUCUCGGUGUGUUCCAGAAGUUGAUAGCUUCAAAGACCAAUGAUCACCAGGGCUUCUAUCUUCUUCAAAGUCUGGUAGAACACUUAGAUGAGAAUAAGAUGAAUGAGCAUGUUGUAUCAAUAUUCCUUCUUCUCUUCCAACGUCUGACCAGUUCAAAGACGACAAAGUUUGUAAAAAGUCUUAUAGUGUUCUUUUCUCUCUAUGCAGUCAGAUUUGGUGCCAGCAAAUUAUCAGAGGUCAUUGAUGGCAUCCAGGCUAACAUGUUCAGUAUGGUUCUGGGUAGACUUUACAUCCCUGACGUACAGAAGACCUCGGGCUCCAUGGAGAGGAAGAUCGUUGCUGUCGGAAUGACCAAAAUCCUGACAGAAUGCCCCGUCAUGUUGACCAACCCCGACUACCAGAAGCUAUGGACACCCCUACUUCAAGCCCUGAUCGGGGUCUUUGAGCUGAAGGAAGACGACGAGGUCCCCGAAGAUGAGCACUUCAUCGAGGUGGAGGACCAACCCUCGUACUCUGCUGCCUAUUCACAGCUGGCCAACGCUGGCAAGGCCACAAGGGAUCCCUUCAAGGGGACCAUCCAGAAUCCCAAGAUCUACCUGGCGCAGAGUCUGCAGAAGUUCAGUGGUGCCCAUCCUGGACAGAUCAGUGGAAUGAUCACUGGUAGUCUGGAUCCUAAAGCUGCUGCGUACCUUCAGUCGUAUCUCCAAGCAGCCAAUGUUUCCCUCUCAUAACAUCGAGCUGGACCUUCCAAGUAGAAAAUGAAGUUCUUGUGAGACUCUUUAACCGUGAUGGCUCUUCUUACUCUUUACACAGCGGCCACAAUCUUGUAGCCAUCUUUGAAAACCCCUUUCUUCUUGGACAGCACUCAUGGAAUCCUUGAAAAGUUCUUUUACAUUGAUGAUCGCAUGUUUAGGAUCUCAUAAAUCUUUACACAGCAGCCAUAUUCUUACGAACAUCUUUGAAAACUCCUCUCUAUUACUAUACUGUCCUCAUGCUAGCCUUGAAAGAUUCUUUUGGUAGUUAUGUGACUAGAACAUUCUAACUCUUUGCACAGUGGACAACUUUGAAAAUCUCUUUUAUUCUGGACCUCAAAGCCGUCACCAGACAGCCUACAUGUAUGUCUCCCUCUUGUAACACCAAGCUGGACUGUCCAAAUGGAAUUAUGGAAUCCUUUUGAGAUUGUUUUACAUUGGUGAUAACAUGCCUAGGAUCUUUACACUCUUUACGCCGCGGCCAAGUUCUUAUGUCCAUCUUUGGCUCUCCCUUUCUUACUGGACUGUCCUUAUGGAAUCACAAGACUCUUGUGCCUGUGAUCUUCCAACUAUUUACACUGUGGCCACAUUCUUAUGGCCAGCUUGGGCAAUCCUUCCUUCCUGGACACAAGGGGCCCGUCUUACAAAGAGUUGAUAUUGAUUUGAUCAAUCGCAACUAUGGAAAGCCGGCAAAGUCAUAUAAAAUGCAUGUUUGUUUAAAAAAAAUUCUAGAUAUGAAUGUAUAUCCAUAAAUUCAUUGAUUUCUAAACAAUUCGAUGUGUUCUCCUUUGUUUACAAAGGACAUUUUGCGAAUUUCCUGUAGAAAAAAUUAUGACACUGAUGGAUUUCCAUAGAGUUACGCUUGAUUGGAUCAAUUGCGACUCUUUGUAAGACGGGGCCCAGAGAUACUGUGUACCUUCAGUCCUUUCUUCAAGCAAUCAAUGUCUCCCUCUCAUCCUGUCAAGCAGGCCAAAUAAGACACCUUGUCGAAAGUCAGAACGGCAUCUUUCCUGCAGGAACCCCGCAUACAGCUUAUAACUACCAAUCCUCACAUUUCAUAGCAGACAAAAUUACUGGCAAUGCAGGAGAGCUGGGAUGAAAACCUCUCUCUAAACCCCCCCCCAGCAGAACCCUUAAAAAGUGGCCAUUUGCGCCAUGUUCUUCGUGUGUCAUUGUAGUCAGGUGGCUGCUAAGAUAGAGAGGUUUCUGGUAACAGCGAGUUGUGGGUAUUUCAUUAAAUAGGAAAGAGCGUAGGUUGCUUUUAUAAAGUGCUGAAGACAUUGGUAAAAGUUGCAUUCUGUACAGUAAGGUUAUUACUGCAGCCUUAGCUCAAGAUACCAUAGUACUUUAUACAAUCUUGGGGGGGGGGGGUGUUUCACAAAGUAAGCUUAAUCAGCAACACACGUGCUUUUUAACACGAAAACUCAAUGAUCAAUUGGUCUAUAUUGUGUUACCUAUGACCAACGCCGAGAUGCCCUGCGCACACUAUACAAUACGUUGCGAUCCGAAUUUCAAAAAAAGUAAUGACAUUUUAUAUGAACAUUCCAAUCAUAUUAGCGAUCAGAUUUUCAGAAUAUUGGUAGGACUACUGAAAUCGGAAUUCAGUCUAGUUCGAGCCUCCCUGAAUGAAUAAAAGCAAAUUCAAUUCCAAAUCGUAAUGACGUCAUCAUCGGCUGUGACUUGAAUCUGAUUUAGGUCUUAACUUCAACCACAGGGCUUGCCGCAAACCAAAAGUAUGAUUUAGUUAUUCCUUACAUAAUGCCGAACUUCAAAUUAAAUAAUUUUAGUUCUUGGAACUUUCACAUUUCAUGCAAAAUGCGAUUUAGUAAAAAAUUGUGUUUCAUUGGAUGGCAUGGUGUGCGCUGGACUUAAUACCCCACUCAACUGGGAAUUUACAUGUAAGUGCGACUUUUAGUCCUACAUACAUCUUUGUGAAACACCCCCAGGAAUGGAGCUGACUAGGAAUGUACUUCCUAGUCCAGGGCCCCGUCUUACAAAGAGUUACAAUUGAUCCGAUCAAUCGUAACUAUGGAAAGCCAGCAAUGUUAACAUCUAAAAUACAUGUUCAAAAUAUUUUCUAGAAAUGAUGUAUAUUCAUACAUUCACUGUUUCCUUGAACAUUCAGAAUGCUUCUCUUUCUUUUCAAAGGAUAUUGAGCAAAUUUCCGAAAGAAAAAAAUUGUGACAUUGAUGGAUUUCCAUCUACUUGAGAUUGAUUGGAUCAAUCGUAACUCUUUGUAUGACCGUGACGGGGCCUUGGGUUGAGAGCAUCACAAAGUGGGAAGACUUUCUCAACCCACUCAUUGAAAGGCGAGAGUCAGAUCUAUUUGACGAUGUGUCCGUUGGUAAUUAUUUUGAUCAAAGCCAUUUCAAACACACAUUCUAUUGUAUCAUCUUAGCAGUAAAGAAUAGACAGAAGAAAGAAAAGAGAGGGAAUGGUCGAAAUGAUUAUAGUCAACUGAGAGAAAUUAAAUAAAUAAAUUAAUUAAAUCAAAUUAGAUACAGUAAGCUAGGUGAAUAUUUAAGACUGGUUUUACUGACUUGGCUACAGUUUCUAAGAAAUAUGACAAUGUGUUGCGCUUUUUUGCCUUCAAAGACCAUUUAAUGUUAUCAAAAUUCCAUUUACUUUUAGAAAGGUUCAAGAAAAAGCCACAGGCUAUUGGAUGAAAUAGUUGCUAUUUCAAAAAUUGUAUGCGUUCUAUGUCUUUUGUAUCCGAAUGUUAUAUAAAUAAAUAUGUAUUUUGUGACCUAAACCUUAGUAGUCAAUAAAGAAAAUGGCAACGGAAAAAAAAGCACCGUUUGGAAGCUUUCAUGCGAGUUUAAACACUUGGUAUCAUGCGUGGAAGGGUAAAUUUCUAAGAAAUGAAUGUGACAAUAUUUUUUAUUUGUAUUGUGUAUAAAAUGAAAUAAAGCUUUCCAAGCAAUAA